AUGCAUGUUGAGGCUAAUUACAAUCAUCGCUGGCACAACCGUCGGCCCGGAAUAUCAGCCAGGGGGAACUAUUCCUCUGAUUCUGGCCCCAGGCCGACCAGCUGGAGCGCAAACUCUGUAAGAACCAAGUCACAUAGACAAACAAUUACACAUUCACACAGCGCACACCAGCAAGUUACAAAAAGUUCACUCGAAUACUCAAAUACUACCAUCAAGCCCUACUCCUCAGUGCAGAAUUCAGACCGCACAACAAUAGUUUCUGAUCGGGAUGAUUACGACGCAUGUCGUAAACGAAAAUCCAUCAGUGAGGGCAGCAGCGCAACAAGUCCGGAUGCUUGUACAUGCACUGUUUCUCCGUUUUACCUGGAGUCAUCAAGGUUAUCAGAGCCGUCAGAAAACUCACCCCCUGGUCCAAAAGCGCUUCCUACACACAUUGCAAACCGGUUAAAAGAACGUUUCGAGAAACGCUUCCUACGUCAUUAUUACCACUCCUCCCAAGUCGAGUCGGCUUUAGCAGGGAACAGGAAUCGCACAGAGAAGUCUAACAAAUAUCAGUUGGUAGCUGCUUUUCUUGUCAGCGGAGGAAUUGUUGAAGCGUGGCAUAUUUAUUCCCCAAUCCCCGUGGAAGUCGGUCGGACUAACGACGUAACUAACGGUGGGACAAGAAAUUUGGAACUUACGCAGAGGCGGAUGCGGCUUCUUCAAAGAUAUUACUCUAGUGCUAGACAGUAUGUCGUCCUGUAUGUAAAUAGUAGCUACGCUGAACAUUAUCUUCCUCUCGGACUGGCCGUAGACAACUCAAACGCGAAUGGACGAGUACCGAGGAAAACCGCACGAUAUCACAAAUCAACAGCACAAUCAGAUUCAACCCGAACUGGUGUUGGUGUUGUCUCACGUUUGAUUGCGUCUUUGUUACCUCAUUCGCGUUCAUCCCGAUUACAACAAAACAUCCAUACUGCUGAUUCUUUGUCCGCUCCGAACGAAACUAGCCAAUCGUGUUCCUCUGUCUUCCGACAAACCUCACCACAGUCAGAAAAUUCGAAACCAUACCGAAGAAACCAGUCUGCACCACGGCUGCGUAGGGAUGAUGACUCUAGUGUAAAAUCGGACUGCGCAACCGAGGGAACAGAAGUUGGUCGUGUGAGGAUUAAUCGUCACUCACUCAUGCAGCGUUUUCUCAAACAUGUUUGUUCUUCCUAUGGACGGCAUUCAAAUCUCACAGGAUCAAAAAGUUCCAGUUCCUCUUCAUCUUCAGCAAACCAUGAUCGAACUGCAGAAGCAAAACACUUUCUGGGGGAAGCAAAUGAAAAAGAAUCCUCAAGCAGCGGUCUUGCGGAUUUUAGCUUCGCAACUGGUUCCAGUGGGAGUGAGAGUGCAAAAAAUGAAAGUCAGAAAGAAACUUUCUCAGAAAUGCCUUCACCUACCGAAUUUUUAAAAGAAAACGCUCCGUUCGAGGCCACAACUAAUCUCUCCGAAAAGGCAACUAUACCCAAGUGUUGCAAUGAGAUAACGACGAGCGAAAUUUGGCUUCCCCAAAGAUGACACACAAAACUCCCGCUCCAACGGACACUUUCACGCUUCCUCCGGAGAAGAACAGAUUACCAGUUAUCAAACCAGAGCUUUUCCAUGAAAAAAUGACCAGAAAUAAUUCAGUUUCCAGUUUUUCCCCUCCUUGUACACCAGUACGGAUAUUGUAGAAAUUCAUCCGAUGCACUUCACCCGCAGAAGAUAAUCGUCAGAUUUCGCCAACCAGAAUACCAGACUUUCGCUGUAUUGUAAUCGGUAUGCUACAUGCCAAAAAUAAAACCAG